AUGGACCGUUUCUCGCCUUCAAGCUCAUCUGACGAUGAAGCCAUGACGGACUCCUACGAUCAAAUAGAAUCUGGCCUCCAGCAACAAUGGUCCAGCCAAGUUACCGCCCAGACAGCUCCGGGAUCGUCCAACAAACGCCGUGCUGGCGGUGCGCCAGCUCACGUAACACCCUCUGUUAAGAGCAAAAAGGGGGAGGAGAGGGGCCGGAUUGUCGGUAGUCGGCCGGACACCAAGAAAGAUGAAUUUGUGGACACUGAGUUAGUCUUAUAUCUUCGAAAAGCCACUCCACUAACAUCGCUCGAUGUUCAACCAGCCAUAGAAGAUCCAUUCGAUGAGACGCUAGUUCAUCUUUCAAGCUGA